CUAGAGAAGACAUACAUGGAAGGAUCCCAAUCAACAGGAUGGAGAUGAGGUCAGAAGUGUGUGGUGUUGCUCUGUUGGUCAUGCUGUUGUCUGGGGUACAGGCAUUCUUACCAGGCGGGAAUGGAGGUAACACUCAUGUGACCAUCACUGAAAACGCUCUGAUGAAAAAGAUGAGUGAAGUGUGUAAGGCGGUGGUCGAGUCCGAGGGAAGAGAGUUCAAGCCAACGGGCUCUUCUGUGGAGGAGCUGCUGGGUGCAUGUCUUGGUUCAGCCACCGGACAGGUUUCUGCUGCAAAGUUCCAUGAAGCCCUGAAUCAGAUCUACAUGGAAAACAGUCUGGUGGACCGAGACUUCAUGGCCAGUAACCCACACCACUUCAACAGCGAGAGUUUCAGUGGAGGACGCACCCUCAUCACACAGGGCACCGCUGCCAUCAAAGCCAACAUCCGCAAAGGCAGCUUCCAGGCUGCACGGGAAACACUAGGCCGAGUCCUGCACACUCUUCAGGAUUUUUACAGCCACAGUAACUGGGUCGAGCUGGGAAACAAAGCCACAUAUCCUGCCCUCAUCAGACCUGACCUCACUAUCAGCAACAUCGCAGAUAUUUACACUCCGACCUGCAGCGACUGUGCCAGUGGUACGUGUCCAAACCAGCUGCAGCCCUUCAUUUUGAGCAGGAAGAAACUCACGUCAGGAUACAUGGGCCUGUUUUCUGCCUACAAACCUAAAGGUAAAUGUAGUCAUGGAGGGGCUGCUGACCUUAGCAGUACCCAGAAUCCCCGUGGUGGGAUCAGUAAAGAUGAGCGGAGGGCUCAUAAUGCAGACCUGCACAACACUGCCGUCAGCCUGGCAACGGAGGCCUCGCUUGAGCUGCUGGAGGACAUCCGUGGGGCAGCAGGCAAUAAGGACUACCUGAGGCUGAUGGGUAUCGCUCGCUCUGCUGUUCUUUGCUUUGUGAUUGACACAACAGGCAGCAUGGCUGAUGACAUCGCUGAGGCUAAACGAGUCUCAUACAGUAUCAUUGAUAGUAAGAAAGGGACGCAGGAUGAACCUUCAGAAUACAUCCUGGUUCCUUUCAACGAUCCGGAUUUUGGACCACUUAUAAGGACAGCUGACCCAGAUGUGAUGAAGGCAGAGAUCUCGAAGCUCGGUGCGAGUGGGGGCGGGGAUGCGCCAGAGAUGUGUCUGUCAGGACUGCAGCUGGCUCUGACUGGAGCUCCGGCCUCCUCUCUGAUCUAUGUUUUUACUGAUGCUCCGGCUAAAGACACACACUUAGAAAAAAACAUCAAAGCCCUCACCCACAGAACCAAGUCUGCAGUGUAUUACCUACUGACAGCAAGCACGAGAUCAAAAAGAUCAGUGAGCCCACAGGCGCGUUCAGGUUUCCAGCUGUAUUAUGACUUGGCUUUGGCUUCCGGAGGUCAAGUGAUAAAGGUAUCCAAGGCUGACCUGCCCAGAGCUACUGACAUCAUCAUUGACACCUCCACAUCCGCUCUGGUGACGAUUCUGCAGAAAGCCAGGGACCCAGGCAGUGUGGAAAGUUUCCCCUUCUUGCUGGAUGCCUCAGUGUCCAAAGUCACUGUCUACAUCACAGGAGAUUCACUUAAAUUCACUCUGCAUAGCCCAUCAGGUGUAUCUCAGUCUGACAGUGCUGGUAAAGGGUCUCUGGCUGUGAUCCAGACUGUGGGGAACUUGUGGAGGGUUCAGCUCAACACUCCCAUAGAGACAGGCCUGUGGAACAUCAGCAUAGUGCCCACACAGGCCUACACCAUCAAAGUUACCGGUCAAAGUGUGAAUACAUUCAUAUAUAACUUUGUGGAGGAUUUUAAGGGGCCUCAUCCAGGAUAUGCUGUUAUUUAUGGUCGGCCACAAAAAGGCCUGCCUGCUAAGCUGUUGCUGACAGUAACUGGGCAGAAGGGUGCAGAUACUCUGAAGGUGCAGGAGGUCGCUCUAGUGGAGGUUUCAGGAUCCCGUCUGGCAGACGGAGUCAUACAGGAGAUGGGUGGUGGGAAAUUCUUGGUCACUGUGAAUGAGGUUCCAGAAGGAGAAUUUGUGGUUAUGAUGAAAGGUGAAGACGUGGCCACCUCGAGUCGCUUCCAAAGGCAGAGCACAACGCUGACGUCUCUGUCUAACGUCAUCGUCACGGCUACAGUAAACAGCACCCUGCUGCCUGGAGAAGACUUUCUACUACCUUUUACUGUAAUGACCAGUGGAACCGGAGGCACCUACACUAUCACUAUUGGAAAUGACAGAAAUAUUCCUCUUACCUACAACACAAAGCUGAAUCUAGUGAGUGGGGUCAGUACUGAAAGCACAGUGAUUCUGAAGCCACCUGCAAACACCGCGUCAGGAACUGAUGUCACUUUGACCAUCGCAGCUGAAGGGCCAGGAGGCGCAGAUUCCAACUACGCGGUGCUCCGUCUCUCUGUCCUCGCCAAGGUGACUGAUCUCACACCUCCAGUGUGUGAGAUUGUGCGUGUAAGUGGUAUCUGUCUAUCUUCCUGCACUAACUAUACCUGGGACCUGUCUGUCAACAUCACAGACGGCAACGGCUCUGGUAUUGAAGACAUCUCCGUCCAGCAGGGCAGAGGAAACUUCUCACAGGUAGCAGUGGUGGAUGGGGGCGUUACUGUGGUGAUGGGGCGCUACAGCGCCUCCUGCUGCGCACCUGAUGUAACCCUGUCUGUUGUGGAUAAGGAAGGAAAUGUGGGUAAAUGCUCUUACUCUGUUCAGAACAGAGGAGGAGUCUCCCUCAGUCUGUCUCUGCUGCUGUGGGCCUGUCUGCUGCUUUCAGCCCUGAACACAAUGCAGGACGUUCUCCUUCUGUUCUAAAACCACACAGGUCAAAACAGAUGAUUAACAAACGGGGCAGUGUUUUUUCAAAGAACCCAUAGCACCAAAAUAACAGCUAUUAUUUUGGUGCUAUGGGUUCUUUGAAAAAACACUGCCACACACACACACACACACACACACACACACACACACACACACACACACACACACACACACACAUAUAUAUAAUAAAAACAAUUUAAGAUUCAGCUAUUUCACUUCCAAUAAGGACAGGCUGAUAUGCACAAGACAAAAAGACAAAUAAGCGAUAAUCUUCUUUAGGAUAAUUUCUGGCAAUAUAGAGAACAUUCCUCUUAAUUAAAUUACCUAUGUAAAUAGGUAAAGCUUAAUAAUUUAAUUUUAUUCUUAGAAUGGUUUGGGAAAUGAGAAGUAUUAGCUAACUUUCAACUAGAUCUAAGAUGCUAGUACUUGGUAGUAUAUGUGUCACGAUUGGCCCCUCCCAGUCUUGUCCAUGUGCGUUUUUGUUUUGGUUUUUCUAGUCCGGCCCCCUCGUUUCGUGUCUCCGCCCAUGAUUGUCUCCACCUGUUUUCCACCUGUCCCUCGUUUACGCUUUGUUACUUGAGCCCUGUGUCUUUGUCCUUGCCCUGUUUCAUUGUAUCGGUCUUUGUUUGAUGUCCCUCUCCUGUUUGAAACUUUGUUUGCUGUUGGAUGUUUUGUUCUGUUCAAUUCAAGUCAAGUCUAGUUUGUCUGUCAUGUCUGUACCUGGAUCUCUCCGUACUGGCUCUAUGACCCUGGACCGUGAUGACCCUGAUUUUGGAUUUGCCCUCAAUAAAAGUUGCUUACCUCCGCACAUGCGUCCGCUACCCUGCUCCGUGUCACAAUAUGAUUUUUUGCAGUAUAGAUGGCUGCACCACUAAACUCAUCCAAGCAGCCCCCUUCCUGUCUUUUACUUAUAGCAAUGGAAUCUCUGGAUCUGUUUCUGUUAUCAGAAUUCCAGGUCAAUAUGACACUGUGCUGAAUAGGGAGAAAGAUUUGACAACGAUUUGAACCACAAAUGCCAGUCUGAUGUUGAAUCAUGUUAGAGGAAAAUAUAACAUGGUAAGGAGUAAUAUUUCCAAGUUAUUUCAGUGUUUUAUUUUAUGAACAUUAAAAUAUGUACUGUAUUGUUUAAAAUCAGUUUUUUAUUUGUUGACUUAUAGCUGUUUAAUUUCCUUAAAGCAGACUCUGUCUACAUUCUGGUCUCUUUUUGAUAUGCAAUAUGUUCCCUCUCACAACUGGUUCAGAUUUAAUGUGAUUAUUAAAGAUAUUUCUUGCUUAA